AUGUCGAGUUUUCGCAACAUCGACGUGAAAGCACCCCACAUCCAGCAGCUGCAGCACGACAUUCAGCUGCAACUCGCAAGACACAACUAUUCUUCCGAAGAUGACGCUGUGAUGGCCGAGUACAUUGUCGUUAUGCUCGCGAAUCAGAAGACUGCCGAACAGAUCACUGCGGAAAUGCACGAGCUUAUCGGUGCAGAGUACACGGCUGCGUUCACCGAAUGGAUCUGGAAUGCGACACAGAGGUAUCUCGAGGACCACGCGCAAGCACACGCCGAUGCGUCGGUAGCAUCGUCGACAGCUGCUGCCAAGGCUGGUGCAAGCGACGUCCGGACACGCACGGACAACUCGCGCCAACGGUGGAGCAGGUCGUCUCCGCCAUCGGCAGCAUCUCGUGCGCGCGAACACAGCAGAAGCCGCUCUCCAGCGCAUUUGAAUGAGCGUGAUACAAGUGAUCACAGACGCUCCAGAUCUCCGCCACAAAGGCGUGACGACAACCGCCACCACACUUCAAGAGACUACAGUAGUCACGCGGCAACCUCAUCCGCAGUACUGGGAACAGACGAGCAACCUUUUGACGGCGAAGCUCAUUGGCGUGCAAGAGCAAAAGAACGUCGCAACAAUCCACCACCGCGUGUCCAUGGCGGUCCUAAGGAAGCAAGAAUCUUUCACGCUGCAUACAACCAAGCGGUGCGGAAUGACGCAAAUGCGAAUAGAGAGCUAUUCCCAGACACGAACGCGAAUACGGAUCACGAACCACCUCCAGAGUAUACACCAUGCAGCAGUGUCAGCAUCUUUGGUCGUGCAGGAAUUCCGGAUCCAAGAGCACCAGAGUUUGUUCCUUGUUCGGCACCAUCACCAUUCGCAUCAGCACAAGGCGAAGCUGGCAGCACAUCUGUAUCGACAGCAGCGCCCGAUGGGAAAGCAGCCUCGAUCUUUGCACGUAUCGAUCCAAUGCUACCCAACAACCAACCACUGCCAGCGGCGGCGCUGGAGCCGGAGCCACUUCGAAAUCAUCCGAGCGAGUUCCCCACCGAGCCAACGAAAACGUCAAUGUGCCGGUGGAACGUGGGAUGUACAAACCCGAUGUGUGACUACUUGCACGCCUCGCCCGCCAACGCUGGACUCAAUGGUGAUCCUAACGCGCUCGUUCUGAGUCAUCAGAAGUGUCUGUUUGGCGCACGGUGUAUCAACAAGGACUGCGUCAGGGCUCACGUCAGUCCCGCAGUGACAAAGAUCCAGGCUCGUCAAGCUGCGCCAGUGAGGUUGACGUUGGCCGAAACAGCACGAACAGAAGCAAGUGGUCCAGCAGCACCCGCACAAGUGUCGUUGGACUCGGCGUUGCCCAGUCAAGCAUCUUCUCGACCGUGUCGGUUUGGUGCAGCCUGCACGCGCGCGGACUGCUUCUUCUCGCACCCUGCGCAGCGAGCUUACACGACUGCGUCGAGCACGAGAGAUCCUGCAAGGUUGCGCUGCCGAUUCGGAUUGGGUUGUACAAAACCCGACUGUCCCUUCACCCAUCCACCGGGCCAAAGGGCUAAGGCCGGCGCAACGGCGGAUCGUUUGUCUGCGUUCGCUCAGGUAUCAGACGACCACAUGCAAGAUCAUCGUGCAACGCUGGAUCAAUUCACUGCAGCAUGA